ACCUAACCUAACCUUCAGUCUAAUCAAAUCUUUCAUCACAGCCAUGUAACUUUAUCACUUCCCUUCAAUAUCUGUGAUUUCAAGACUUCAAUUUUUUCCCCCUAAUCAAACAAAUUGGUGUGGGCCUGUGCUAAUAAUAACCCAUGAAUCAGAUAAUUAAGUACUAUUUUGUUCAUAUUCCCCAUAAAUCCUAGCCAUAUAUAACAAGCGGUUACUGUUCUAGAGAGAGAAACACACACAUGUAAGAAUAUCGAUGCGAAACAUAGUAUGCGUGUGUGCGUAAAUGAGAGAGAGAGAGAAAAGUACAAAGUGGGAAUGUGGGGAGCGGUGAACCGAUAGCUAAAGAAAAAGACAGUGACAAGUAAAGGAGGCUUCGCUUCUUUUCUUCCCCCAUAAAAACCCUAGUUUUUUCUUUUUCGUUUGUUGUUUUUUAAAUUUUGGGGUUAGUGAUAAUCGUGCCCCAGAUCUAGGAACAGUGUUUUUUAUUUUUCCGGUCUUGAUUUUUUUUUUGUGGGUUUUUGCUGCGAAGAGAAAUUGAGAGGUGGGCUUUUCUGAUUGGGCGCCAGAAUUUCCGGGUUUUGACUUUUGGGAAGAUUUUUUUUGGCAAGAAAGUUGCAGUCUUGGAUUCUGUGGUUUGAUUUUUUUUUUCUUGAAUUUAUUGAUUAGCAUUUAGGGGAGUGGUGAUUUUGUUGGUAAAUUGUUUGUUGAGGAAAUGCUUCUAUCACAUAGCGUUUGUUUCGAUUAUAUAAGGGUUUCGUUUUCCUGUUUUCGAAUUUGCUUUUUGUAGUUGAUGUUGUUGAGCUGUUAGAGAACAUAUAUUUUGAUUGUCGGAGAAAUAUCACUGCAUCUAUUGGAAGUUGCUAAAAUCGCGGGGGGUUGCUAGUUUUUAUUUUUCGAUUUUCUAUAUUUAAUUUGAUUGGGUUACUAUUAGCGGUUUGCACUGGAGUGGUUGGGCGUACCCGGAAGUGUUACUAUGUCGUCUUUGAGUCGAGAACUCGUUUUCCUAAUACUGCAGUUCUUGGACGAGGAAAAGUUCAAGGAGACUGUGCAUAAGUUGGAGCAAGAAUCUGGCUUCUUCUUCAAUAUGAAGUACUUUGAGGAAACAGUUCAAGCAGGUGAAUGGGAUGAAGUUGAACGCUAUUUAAGUGGGUUCACAAAGGUCGAGGAUAAUCGAUAUUCAAUGAAAAUAUUCUUCGAAAUUAGAAAGCAGAAAUAUCUCGAAGCACUCGAUAAACAGGAUCGAGCAAGAGCAGUUGAGAUCCUUGUAAAGGAUCUCAAGGUGUUUGCCUCUUUUAACGAGGAUCUUUUCAAAGAGAUCACCCAACUAUUGACUCUCGACAAUUUUCGGCAGAAUGAGCAGCUCUCGAAAUAUGGGGACACAAAGUCAGCACGAAACAUUAUGCUAGUCGAACUUAAAAAGCUAAUCGAGGCAAACCCAUUGUUUCGUGACAAGCUCACACUCCCUGGUUUCAAGGCUUCAAGAUUGAGAACACUCAUUAACCAAAGUCUUAACUGGCAGCAUCAGCUUUGCAAGAACCCACGGCCAAAUCCAGAUAUCAAAACACUCUUUAUCGAUCACACAUGUGCUUCGAGUAACGGCGGUCGUGUGCCGCCUCCCAAUAACGCCCCACUUACCGGACCAAUUCCUAAGCCUGGUGUUUUUCCCCCUCUAGGAGGUCACGGUCCUUUUCAGCCAGUUGUAUCCCCCCCUCCAAGUGCAAUUGCAGGUUGGAUGUCAAGUCCUAACCCAUCGAUUCCUCAUGCAGCUAUCGCUGCAGCUCCGUCUGGUCUUCUUCAGGCACCUAACCCUGCUGCAUUUUUGAAACAUCCAAGAAAUCCGCCUGGUGGUCCUGGAAUGGAAUAUCAGAGUGCCGAUUCGGAGCAUUUGAUGAAACGUCUUCGAGCAGGACAAAACGAUGAGGCCUCGUUUUCCGGUUCUAUCCAUCCGCCUAAUAUGUAUUCACCGGACGAUCUUCCCAAAACAGUUGUACGGAGUCUUAGUCAAGGAUCGAACGUUAUGAGCAUGGACUUUCAUCCACAACAACAGACAAUUCUUCUAGUUGGAACAAACGUGGGUGAUAUUAGCAUAUGGGAAGUUGGUUCUCGAGAAAGGUUAGCCCUUAAAACGUUUAAGGUUUGGGACAUAUCAGCUUGUUCGAUGCCGUUCCAAACAACUUUGGUUAAAGAUGCCACCAUAUCAGUUAAUAGAUGCGUGUGGGGCCCAGAUGGAUCUAUACUUGGUGUUGCGUUUUCCAAGCACAUUGUUCAGAUAUAUACAUAUAAUCCAGCUGGAGAGUUAAGACAGCACUUAGAAAUCGACGCUCAUGUAGGUGGCGUUAAUGAUAUUGCAUUUGCUCAUCCUAAUAAGCAGCUUUGCAUCAUUACAUGUGGAGACGACAAAACAAUUAAGGUAUGGGAUGCUGUAGCUGGGCGUAGGCAGUAUACUUUUGAAGGUCACGAUGCUCCGGUAUAUUCUGUUUGUCCUCACUAUAAAGAGAAUAUUCAGUUUAUAUUCUCUACAGCCAUUGAUGGCAAAAUAAAAGCUUGGCUUUAUGAUUCGUUGGGAUCGAGAGUAGAUUAUGAUGCUCCUGGACUUUGGUGUACAACAAUGGCGUAUAGUGCUGAUGGAACAAGGCUCUUCUCUUGUGGGACAAGCAAAGAAGGCGAAUCUCACCUAGUUGAGUGGAACGAAAGCGAGGGAGCCAUAAAGAGAACAUACUCCGGUUUCCGUAAACGUUCUUUAGGAGUUGUCCAGUUCGACACAACGAGGAACCAUUUCUUAGCUGCGGGAGAUGAGUUUCAGAUAAAAUUCUGGGACAUGGAUAAUACGAACAUGCUUACUUAUUCAGACGGUGAUGGAGGACUUCCCGCGAGUCCUAGAUUGAGGUUUAAUAAAGAAGGCUCGUUGCUUGCUGUAACGACAAGUGACAAUGGAAUUAAGGUUUUGGCGAAUGGUGAUGGACAACGUUUGUUGAGAAUGCACGAGAACAGAGCUUUUGAUGGUGCUCGUGGUCUUUCUGAAUCCGUAAAUGUCAAACCUUCGAUUGGUGGUGCAUUAGGUCAGAUUGGUAAUGCUUCUGCCUCAGCUUCACCUAUGCUCGAACGUUCUGAGAGAGUUCAACAGCCAAUGUCGCUCGGCAUUAUGGCUAGUAUGGAAAACAGCAGAACAUCUGAUGUAAAGCCGAGGAUUCUUGAUAACACUGAGAAAAAUAAAAGCUGGAAGUUUCCGGAUAUUGCUGAGUCAACUCAACUGAAGACUCUAAAAUUGCCUGAUCCUCUCGCAGCUAGUAAAGUUGUGAGGCUGAUCUACACAAAUUCAGGGUUAGCUGUGUUAGCGUUGGCUUCCAACGCUGUUCAUAAGCUGUGGAAGUGGCAGCGAAACGAACGAAACCCCUCUGGAAAGUCUUGUGCCGCUAGUGUGCCUCAGUUGUGGCAGCCUACAAAUGGGGCCCUCAUGUCUAACGACUUGAGUGAUGCCAAACAAGGCGAAGACUCGGUUGCGUGUAUCGCCUUAUCCAAAAACGACUCUUACGUCAUGUCUGCUUCGGGUGGAAAGGUUUCAUUAUUCAACAUGAUGACUUUUAAGGUGAUGACAACUUUCAUGCCGCCACCACCCGCAGCGACUUAUCUGGCAUUUCACCCUCAAGACAACAAUAUAAUUGCAAUCGGGAUGGAGGACUCGACUAUACAAAUUUACAAUGUUAGAGUUGACGAGGUCAAAACGAAGCUCAAGGGCCACCAGAAACGAAUAUCGGGGCUUGCGUUUUCACAGAGUUUGAAUAUAUUGGUUUCAUCAGGAGCUGAUGCACAACUUUUUAUCUGGAGCAUUGAUGGAUGGGAGAAGAAGAAAUCGAGGCCUAUCCAAGCGCCACCUGGCCACUCAGCUCCCUUAGUUGGAGAAACGAGAGUUCAGUUCCACAACAACCAAUCGCAUGUGCUCGUCGUUCAUGAAAGCCAAAUUGCAGUUUAUGAUGCUCAACUCGAAUGUUUGCGUUGGUGGUACCCUAGGGAAUCUCUGUCCGCCCCGAUUUCGAGUGCUAUAUAUUCGUGCGACGGACUAUCGAUUUUUACUGGAUUUUGUGAUGGUGCUGUUGGAAUAUUCGACGCCGAAAACAUGACCCUUCGUUGCAGGAUAGCACCUUCUGCUUAUAUACCCUCUUCAGUUUCCAGCAAUGGAAAUUCGUUUCCAGUGGUGAUUGCAGCACACCCGUCGGAUCAAAACCAAUUUGCACUAGGGAUGAGUGAUGGAGCGGUGCAUGUGAUUGAGCCGUCGGAUGCGGAGACAAAGUGGGGUGGAUCGACGGCUCAGGAUAACGGGGUUUUGCCUUCGAUUCCUUCCAGCUCUGCGUUGAAUAGUCAACCAUCGGAAACCCCGUCUCGGUGACGCACCAUUUUCAAGAAAUUUUCUAGACCAAAUACGAUUAGUUUUUCGUAGGCUUUUCUUCAUCGUACUAUUUUAUUGUAAAAUUUUAAAUGCGCAUUUUGGUUUUUCUUUCACAGUGAAAAAUGAGAAGAGGGGGUUUAGUUUGUACUUGUAUUUCCAUGGUCAAUGUUCUUCUUUGCUUUGAUUC